AUGUUGACUCGUUCACUUGUUGCAGCUUUACUGCUGUUCUGGAGCGGAAGCAGCGCUCAAUUGCAGGUGCAGGCACAAAGCGGUUAUAACUAUGUGCGCCCCGAAUUAGCUGCCACAGCAGGUGGAGGAGCUGUGGCGGGUCGAUUGUCACCUGGUGUAUAUCCCACAGGAACUGCGCUGCCCUUGACGCCUGCGCCGGCCACUGCCUACGGUGCUGGAUUGUUUCCAUCACCAGCUGUGGGAUAUACACCCAGUGGCCAGGCAACGACUGCCUUUGGAGCACCUGCCGCAGCAGUGAGCAGCGGCUCUAAUCUGUCCAGGCGACCAACGGGCACAGGUCUACAGUCUGCAACGUCGGCAUCACGCAGUGGUCCCUACGGUCCACAAACGCAGUACGGCAAUGCAGCUGUUUCCACGGCGGGAUCUCGUUCGUCUACUGGUGAUGACUACAAUGACGGUGCCGAAGGAGACUAUUCGGCUAUUCCAGGUGUUGCUGGUGUGGAUUAUCCCGUGUAUGCACAAGUGCCACGUACCAAUUUCGACUGCACUCAGCAGCCACUUCCUGGGUAUUAUGCUGACAUUGAGGCUCAGUGUCAGGUCUUUCAUAUAUGCGCCCUAAAUCGCACCUACUCGUUUCUCUGCCCCAACGGCACAGUGUUUAGUCAGGAGACGCUGGUCUGCGUUUGGUGGAAUCAAUAUGAUUGCGUCUCAGCGCCAAGCUUGUAUGCCAACAAUGCCUACAUCUAUGACUACAGUAUUGGCAGUUCCAGCUCCAGUUCCAGCAAUGUCAAUGUGAAUGCCAAUGUCUAUCGUGGAGGUCCGCAGACUGUCAAUACAGGCUAUGGUGCAGUUGCUCCAUCUUCGCCUGCUGGUGGCACACUGCGAGCUACUGCAACGCCUCAGGUUGCUGGCUACAAUGUGCCACGUGGCUCGUAUCCUUCACCCUCACCCACGCAAACACAGUCGCAGUCUUUGUAUGGAGGUGGUGUCAUAAGGCCAGGCAAUGUGGCUGAUCCAGGUGCUAAUCGUAUUAUUCCAGCCACUGCUGCAGCUGGAUUAGCAGCUACAGCAGCUGGCAUACUACCCGAGAAUGCUGUUGGCAGCUUUGCCCAACCCGUUGUAGUCGGUAAUCGGGAGUAUCUGCCACCAGCCGGCGUCGGGCAACGUCAACGAGGACCUGCAGCAUAGUUGAAUAGACGAACCCAUCUUUAUCUGUACCCGGUUAUAUGGCAAUAGACUUAACGUCCU